CAGCGAGGAGAGAACUAGCAGUUUGGAUCACCGAAAUGGAUUUUAUGGAUUUAUGUUGAAGAUUCAUCCGGAUGAAAAACGUUCAGCCUUGCGUGGUGGGAAAUAACCGUGUACUGAAGAGGAAACUUUGCGCUCCGACUGCCUAACUAGUUGAUUUGUUAGUUUAUUCGACAGCUAAAUUGGGCAACAUUGUUAGCAUAGCGCCGUUAGCUGUUAGCUUUUGUUGUCAUGCUGAGUGGCGAGGGAACGUUAGCUAAUCUCGAGGUGUAGCAUGUUAGCCUUGGCAUUAGUUAACCAGCUAGUUUAACAUUUAGACGGUUGAUUUCAGAAUAAUCUUUUCUAACAACGACAUAAUUUGUGGACUCGUUUCGGAGGCUUUCACGCAGUUUUGUGGACUUUUUGAGGUAGGGUUUGUCCUGACUUGACAAAUAAGAACUGACCCUAAAAGGAGAGGCACUCGAGGACUGAUGCUCGGGAAACCCAGGCCCGCUGCGAGCUACACCAGCGGCUUGUAGCGCAGCGGCCCGGGCUUUCCACCAGAGACAAUUCACUGCGGACUUUGUUGUAGAUUUACUUUGUGCUGCAUGGACUCUCUUGGAUUUGGCAUCCUGUUAUGUUUUCUCGGACUCUAAAGGACUCACAAGGCACACGGCGCCCCUCAACGGCGCUCUGGCUUCAUAUCUCGGUUAUUUUUCUUUGGCAAUAACAAGGACUCUUUCGUCAUCUGCGAGCUGAACCCUUCCCCAUUUUAGUACCUCCUUUGUCUACAGUGAAUAUAAAGAGGGUUUACACUAUUAAAGUCACCAGAUUUAGCUGUGUUCAGUGUUGACGCUGUUUUAUUUUGUUAUCAUACCAAGCCUGUUGGGGUUUUUUUCUUGUGCUUGAUUGACUUAAGUGCUUAGACCUGUUAAAAUGUCGUGUGUUCACUAUAAGUUUUCUUCCAAACUGGACUACAACACAGUCACUUUCGAUGGGCUGCAUAUCACCCUCAGCGAGCUUAAAAGGCAGAUUAUGGCCCGAGAGCGCCUCAAGGCCACAGACUGCGACCUGCAGAUCACCAAUGCGCAGACUCGAGAAGAAUACACAGAUGAUGAAGCCCACAUCCCGAAACACUCUUCUGUGAUCGUCCGCCGCACUCCGCUUGGCGGAGUCAAACCUGCUGGCAGGACGUUCAUUGUAGAUCGUUCUGACACAGCUGUGGUGGGAUCUUCUAGACCCACUGAUUCUUCUCCGUCUUUGUCUCUCGCCCAACUCGCCAAGACUGCUAACUUGGUUGACGCUAAUGCAUCAGAGGAAGACAAGAUUAAAGCCAUGAUGUCUCAGUCCAAUCAUGAAUAUGACCCGAUACAUUACUCAAAGAAAGCAGUCGGACCUCCACCUGCUCACUAUACCUGUUUUCGUUGUGGAAAGGCUGGUCACUACAUUCGGCAGUGCCCCAUGCUGAUGGUCCAGGAUAAGAGUGUGGAGGGCCCCAAGCCAGUAAGGAUUAGUAAGGGUAUUCCCCAGAGCUUCAUGGUGAAAGCAGAGCCAGGCACCAAGGGGGCCAUGUUAACCAGCACUGGAGAAUAUGCCAUACCUGCUAUAGAUGCGGAGGCAUACGCACAAGGAAAGAAGGAGCGGCCACCGUUUGUUCCACAUGACCAGUCAUCAUCUGAGGACGACACAGACCCAAUCCCAGAUGAACUCUUGUGUCCGAUCUGCAAUGACCUGAUGACGGAUGCCGUGGUUAUACCCUGUUGUGGAAACAGUUACUGCGAUGACUGUAUCAGGACCGCCUUGUUGGACUCAGAGGAGCACAUCUGCUUCACAUGCAAACAAUCAGAUGUCUCACCUGAUAACCUCAUUGCCAACAAGUUUCUCCGACAGGCUGUGAACAACUUUAAGAACGAGACGGGAUACACCAAACGUGUGCGUAAGCAGGUCCAGAAUGCAGCGCCGCCUCCACCGCGCCCUCAGUUGGUCAGGCCUCUGCACUCAAGACAGCAGGACCCACUGCUGGCCAAUGUCACUCCCCCUCCUUCUACAAGUGCACCCUCCGCUGCCCCUCCGGCACAGGCCCUGCCCCCUGCUCCUGCACCUGCUCCUGCUGCUCCCUCUGCUCCCACCCCUCCUCAUGCUGUUGCUGAGGAACAAGCUGGUUCACCAGCCCCCACACCUGUUGUUGACCACCAUUCUCCAAUGCACUCCGCCAGCCACGGUGAACCACCCCCUCCGGGUGAGACAGAUCCAGAACCUUCUGUGACACCAGAGUCAUCAGGAGCUUCAGAAAGUGGAUCACAGAACUACCAUUUAAGUGUUAUUGGCCCCCCGCCACCUGUAAGGCCCCCUCAUUCAUCAGGUCACCAGUCACGGCCACACCACUCUCACAGAGGAGGAGGCAGACCCUGGGACCGGUUUUACAGAAGUCGAGGAGAGCAUCCCUCCACUCACCUCCAGACAGCUCCACCUCCUGCACCUGUUGCUCCAGUGUACCCAGCUCCGUCCCUGUACCCACCUCCGCCACAGCCCUACCCCCCUCCGUACACCUCUGGCCCUAGCCUUAUCCCUCCUGCCAUCAGUUACCAACCCCAGCCUGUUUAUGCCCCUGGACCACCAGGGAUCAACCCUCCCUGGGUUGCCCCCGGCACCCAGCCCCCUCUUAUGCCUCUCCCCCCUCUUUCUCAGCCUCCUCUCUCUAAAGAAGAUUUCUACAGACAGCGGCACCACAGACAAGACAAAGUUCAAUCCAAACUGGAUGAAUUUACUAAAGACUUCCACAAAGAGCUUAUGAAGUACAGAAAUGCACCAAAGAGACGACGACCGUCCUAUUCAAGAUCCCGCUCAUACAGUCGCUCUCCAUUCAGCCGUUCUCCUUACUCUCGCUCCAGAUCCAGAUCAAGAUCCAGGUCUUACUCUUAUUCCCCCAGUCGAUCCCGGUCCCGUUCACGCUCCCACGGCAGGUCUUAUCCCCGCUCCCCUUAUUCCAGACGCAAUGGACGCAGCUAUGGACGCUCAAGGUCAAGGUCCCGCUCUCGUUCAAGGUCUUAUGGAUAUCGGCGCUCUGGCUCGCCACGUUCUCCUCCCCCGUACCGGCCAGGAGGGUGGGAGGGAGCGGAGGGAACAGGACCCUACAGGUCAAGGUCACGGUCUCGCUCCCCUGGCCCUGUUGGCUUCCGAAGCCGAAGCCCUGGUGGACGAAAACCACCUCCUCGGGAGCUACCACCAUAUGAACUGAAGGGUUCAAGUCCUGGAGGCAACGAUCGUUGGGAAAGAGAAAGGUAUCGACAGUGGGAGAAAGAAUAUGCAGACUGGUACAACAAGUACUACAAAGACUAUGACAACCAACAUCCCCCGUUGCAUCACAGAGGCCGAGGCAGCAGAGACAGGGAGAGGGACAGAAUGUCUCCGCUACCUAGAGAUUACUCCCCCCAGGGGAGAGGAAGAAGAGGAAGAGAAGAGCGAGGUGCUCCUCCUCACCAUCCUCCAUCCUCCUCCUCAACAGGGACCAAGACCAGCACGAAAGUCACAAAGACAAAGAAAGUUAAGAGGAAGAGGACUGGGGAGGAACCAGAGCCGUCACAUCAGUCAGUAGACAGAGGAGAUGCUACGCCUGUCCGAGACGAACCAAUGGACGAAGUUCCUUCACACUCUAAAACGCCUCCCAUGUCUUCAAAGACUUCAGGUGGAGCUGCAACCUCUAAAGCUCCAUCGUCUAAAAGCACUGCUGCACCUGCUAAACCCUCAACCAAGUCAACAUCGAAGACUCCGUCUGAUAAGACUAAGAAAGAGAAAGGUCAAAAGGUCAAAGCUAAAGUUAAGACAGAGGGCGUGAAGGUGAAGAGUGAAAAGGUGAAGAAAAAGGCUGGAGAAGUAGUGGUGACCAAAAAGAAAGACUCCUCCUCCUCUGCCACUAAACCAUUAAAGACUGUUAAGACCAAACCAGAAGAUGCUCCCAACUCAACUACCCCUAAGAAGGAAAAGAGUAAAAGCUCUGCUGUGAGACCCGCCCUGCUGAAGACGCCUCCACUGCCUUCCCAGAACUUGCCUGUACAUCACCCCUCUCUUCACGACGGCCCUCGACCCGGCCACGACAUCAGAGGGCGAAGAGAUCUUCCACAGGGUGGUGGUCUCCUCCCCCUCCCCCAUCCACACGGACUCCCACUCCUCCACCGGCCUCCCUCCCCCGAUGGUCGGAGGAGGAUGGAAGAGGGCCGAUCUCUACUGGGACCUCCUCCUGGAAAGCUGAGGAGAAUAGAUGGGCUUGGGGGUGGAGGUGAUAUCAUGUCCCACUCUCACAUGUCUCAUCAGCCCCCGCUCCACAGACUCCCACCCCCCUCAGACAGGCCUGGUCUUCUCCCCCUACCAGUGAGCCGAGAGAUGGGCCGGGGAGACGCAGAUCGAGGACCAGAUCGAGGACCAGAUCGAGGACCAGACCGAGUAUCAGACCGAGGACCAGACCGAGGAUCAGACCGAGGAUCAGACCGAGGACCAGACCGAGGACCAGACCGAGGAUCAGACCGAGGAUCAGACCGAGGACCCAUCAGACCUCUAAUGGACCUUCAGGUGAAGCCUACCCAGAGGAGGAUAAAGUUGAACAGAGAUCUGGGGAGAAAAGGCAGCACUGAGACAGCGCCCUCAGACAGAGCGCCGUCUGGUCCUGACAAAACCACCUCCACCUCAGACCGAUCGACUGCUGCUAACAGCUCCGAAGGAGACCGACCCAGCAGUACAGCAGAAGGUGGAAGAAAGGAGCAGUCAGCAUCUAGCGAGAGGGGAGUCUCCAGAGAGAGACCGGGAAGUGCUGGAGAGAGACUGCAGGGCUCAGACAGAGACAGAGACAGAGAGCAGAGCAGAAACUCAGGACAGGACAGAGAGCGAGACAGAGCUUCAGCAUCAGAUCGAGACCGAGACAGAGACAGGGGCACGACGUCUGAUAGGGAGAGGGAGAGGGAGAGGGCCUCAGGCUCUCAGAAGAUAGCAGUUACAGUAGAGCGAGACGUUGAAGGAGAGAGGCCAGCGAGGACAGAGCGAAAGAGCUCCAGUAGUGGAAGUUCAGGAGGGAGGUCUGUCUCUCUGGAUAAAAUGACCAUCGCAGAGAAAUCGGCCAUCUCCAGGAGCGUGCCGGACCCUCAGGAGAAGCCAAGCACAUCAUCCAAGGAGAGAGGAGAAGGGUCGGAACGAUCUGCAAAACCUCCCAGGAGCGUGUCCAAGGACAGAACAGAGAAGAGUGUCCCCUCAGGAGAGAAACCAGCUGCUGCUCACAGAGAAGCAGGCAAAGACUGUGAAGAGUCUGUUGUGAGGAGCAGACCAAGGAUCAGCCGAAAGGCCCUGACGAGCCACACCGUCAGCUCCAGUCGGUCAUCUCAAGAAACAAAGCGAGACUCAGACAAAGAUCCGAAGAGUGUUCCCUCUAAACCUGCAGAGCAGCCUCCAUCCAGCCCUGUGAACAGCCGUGACCGCAGCCCGAGCGUCAGCCCAGCAACCAGCCCGGCCAGGGAGGAGCAGCCGCUCAUUCAGCCCCCGCCUCGCUCCAAGUGGGAGAGAGAAGAUGACGAAGAAGGCCAGGAAAACGGACUCAGUGCACCCAAGGAGCCCUCACCAGUGCCACAAAGGGGCCGAGGAAGGGAGGGGCAGUCUGAGGCACCUAAACUUGUCAGGGCUGAAGGACGGGACGCCACAAAGGAGGAGAAAAGAGGUGCGGUGAGAGAAGAGAAGAAGGGGAGAGCCCCGAAGGAAGAGGGUAAAGGUGGCAGGACGGCACAGACAAAUUCUGACAAACCAACCAAAAUAAAACUUGUGAGAGAGGAGGGGAGAGGUGGAGGAAGAGAUGAAGGCCGGGGAGUGACAGGGAAGGAGGAGAGAGCUGCAGAAGGCAGAGGCGGAGGAGGACGAGAGGAGAAUCGUGGCCCGGAGCCCAGGAGACAGCGUUUGUGCUCUGACCUGGGUCGAGAGACGGAUGAGGCGGCCUUCGUCCCCGACUACAGUGAAGGCGAAGGCUCAGAGCCGGAGGGAGGAAGAAGCGGCAGCGGCAGUCUGUCUCUCAGCCAGCCCUCCAGCCCAACCCCGACCAACCACAGCGGCUCGGCGUCCACCACGGCGGAUAAGAAGAAGAAGAAACACAAGAAACAUAAAAAACACAAGAAGCACAAGAAACACAGCGGCCAGGACAAAGAAGGAGAACAAAAGCAGCACAAGCACAAACACAAGAAAAAGAAACACAAAAAGAACAAAGACAAAGAUGUGGACGAAGAGGAGGAGAAAGAGGAGAAGGUGGAGAAAGCAGAGAAAAUAGAGAAAGCGGAGGAAGCGGCUCUAUGCUAACAAGGGCUAAGCAAAAACUGCAUCUGUAACCUUCUUUGUUAAUGAGGAGAUAACAAUGUAUUUAGAAAUACCAGUUAACACUGGCCUGCUGCUCCAUGUGCCCCUCUGAGUUAACGUCGACGGAUCAAACGAGUCUUUGACUGUCCACGACACUGGAGGGCUCUCCGGCUGUCGGUCACUUAAUAUCACUGCAGGUCGCCAGCUUACCAACGGUACUUAGCUGUGCCUGGACUGCAGCAUUGUGACCGCUGCUGAGGUUUCCUUUGUGUUCAUUGUGAGCCUCUUCUUUGUGACUUUAGUUCGGGAAAAACUCGGGAGUGAUGCUGUGCAGGCACCGUUGUGAUCGACCUAAAGCCGGCCAGUAAGAACUCGAUGAUAAUAAGUGACCACGCAGCAGCGAAUCUAAACGAUAGGAAUAACGAACACUGUACUCAGGGAUGUGAUUGCUUCUUCGUAGAGGAGGAAUUGCUGCUUCUCUGCCUCUGAUUAAUUUGUAAAUAGAGAUGAACUGUUGCUUCACAUAAUAAUUUUCUCUUAGUUUGUUUUGCUCACAUCCCUGUGUGCUGUUCAAGGAUUAAAAGCUGAAUAACCUUCAUUGCUGUGAAGGCCAUUGUAAGCGCUUUCUUUAUGGACUGUACCAGCGGUUUUGCAUGUUUUAGCACAAGAUAUUCAAAUCAUUUAUUUCUCUAUCACUGCUUACAUUUUCAAGGUUGAUAAUCUCAUUUUAAGGCAGACGUUGCUGUCAGGUCUUGCCAGUGCAGUCUCUUUUUGCUCGAAAUUGAUGCACAUUUAAAAUUAAGGCAACAAAAUGUACUUGGAUAGAUUACCUAUCAAAGCAAGGUUAACUUGCUGCACGUUUUUUUCUUUUAACCCAACUUCACAUAGACGAAAUAGCUGUAUUUGAAAAUGGUUAGCAUUAUAUACUUUGUGAAUGUGUUAAAAUGUGCAAAACCACCAGUAUGGCCCUUUUAAGUUAAAACAAACCUUUUUGCAUCCAUGCUACACUGGAUUGUAUGAGUCUAGGAUGUGUUUAUUAAUAAUGUUUAAUCAGUUGGCACGUUUUUGUUCCCAAAGGUGCAGUAGCUGUCUAUCACGUUGUCUGAGUGAGUGGAUGUGUGUCUGUCGGUGUGAAAGUGAAAUGUGACGGAAGUGGGACAAAUUGGAGGACUGCUGUUCUUACAAAUGAGUUCUUUCUUUUUUUUUAAUUAAAAUGUUUUGACCUCAUGAAAA